UGCCUACCGCUUACCCUGAGGCGCCGGGCGGGACUCCCGGGCAAAGAGCGCCUGUGCCCCCAGGGCCGGUGCGGCGGCGGGGUGCGUGUGUGAGAGCGUGCGUGCGAUUUUAGGGGGGUGGGGGUUGUGUCUGAACCAGUUAGGAAGAAUGACUCUGGAGUCCAUCAUGGCGUGCUGCCUGAGUGAGGAAGCCAAGGAAGCCCGGCGGAUCAACGACGAGAUCGAGCGACAGCUGCGUCGGGACAAGCGGGACGCCCGCCGGGAGCUGAAGCUGCUGCUGCUGGGGACAGGAGAGAGUGGCAAAAGCACAUUUAUCAAGCAGAUGAGAAUCAUUCAUGGAUCAGGUUACUCUGAUGAAGACAAAAGAGGCUUUACAAAACUGGUGUACCAGAACAUAUUUACAGCAAUGCAGGCCAUGAUCAGAGCCAUGGAUACCCUCAAAAUCCCCUACAAGCAUGAACAUAACAAGGCUCAUGCACAGUUAGUUCGAGAAGUCGAUGUAGAGAAGGUGUCAACUUUUGAGAAUCCUUACGUAGAUGCAAUAAGAAGCUUAUGGAGUGACCCUGGAAUUCAGGAGUGUUAUGAUAGACGACGGGAGUAUCAGUUGUCAGAUUCAACUAAAUACUAUCUUAAUGACUUGGACCGCAUAGCAGAUACCACCUACCUGCCAACUCAGCAAGAUGUGCUCAGAGUUCGAGUCCCAACAACAGGGAUCAUUGAAUAUCCAUUCGACUUACAAAGUGUCAUUUUCAGAAUGGUGGAUGUAGGAGGCCAACGAUCAGAAAGAAGAAAAUGGAUACAUUGCUUUGAAAACGUCACAUCUAUCAUGUUCCUAGUAGCUCUUAGUGAAUAUGACCAAGUGCUUGUGGAGUCAGAUAAUGAGAAUCGAAUGGAAGAAAGCAAAGCACUCUUUAGGACAAUUAUCACAUAUCCAUGGUUCCAGAACUCUUCAGUCAUUCUGUUCUUAAAUAAAAAAGAUCUCUUAGAGGAGAAAAUUAUGUAUUCCCACCUAGUUGAUUAUUUUCCAGAGUAUGAUGGACCACAGCGGGAUGCACAAGCGGCACGAGAGUUCAUCCUGAAGAUGUUUGUAGACCUGAACCCAGACAGUGACAAAAUUAUAUACUCCCACUUCACAUGUGCUACAGACACAGAGAAUAUCCGCUUUGUCUUUGCUGCUGUCAAGGACACAAUCCUACAGUUAAACCUGAAGGAGUACAACCUGGUCUAACUGUGUCUAGGAGGCCCUCAGAAACUACAUUUGUGUGAUUGAAGAUAUACAAGAGGGACUGUAUUAUCUGUGAAAACAAUUUGCAUAAUACUAAUUUAUUGCUGGCCUGGACUCUGUGAAUGUCCACAGAGUUUGUAGUUAAUAUUAUGAUUUUAAUUUAAACUAUAUGGAGGAAAAACAAAAGAUGCUGAAGUACAUUCAUAGCACAUUCCUCAUUUUUUAGGCAAAACCUUGUGACUCAAUGUGUUUUAAAUUCUCAGUCAUACAUUACAAAGAAUAGCAGGUUUUGCUAAUGAAGCAAAAUCAAGCUGGUUUCCUCUUUCCCUGACCCUUUCUCUCUCCCUCUUUCCUCUCCCUCUUAUCUUUUACAAGGUACAGUGGCCUUUUUUUUCCCCUGCAUUCCUGGGUGGAAUGUUUUCUGUUGAAUUAUUUGGUCAGGAAAAUACUAUCAUAUGAAUUGAAAUCAUCAGUCAUUCUAAUUUUAUAGUAUGUACUUAUCUGAAGGAUCAAAAGUAUUGAUACUGUGAUUUUUAAAUUCUUGACAGGGGUGUCUUAAUUCUGUCUUCAGUUUUGGGACUAGAAUAUUUGAAUUGCAAAAUAGAAUUACAGUUAUAUAAGAUACUAAAUUUAACCAUAUUUUCACAAUUCAGAAAGAUGCAUAGAAGACAGUCAUGACAUAAUUAAGACACACCUGGGAUGUAUAUGUGUAGUUUGUUAGAAUCCUUUUGUUUGCCAUGUGCCAUUUCUUUUUCUUCUUUGAUUCAUAAAUGCCAAAUAGAAAUGUCAUAGACACUACAUCUUCCCCAGUGGCUACAGCCUGAAACAGUGGGGUGGUUUGGUUUUUUUUUUCAGUUGUGCAGGAUUUUUUCUUAAGUUAGAGCUUUUUUAAGUGUUCUUUUUCCACAACAGAAAAAUUAUUUUUAUUGUAUAAUAUUAAUGUUGCCAAAUCUGGCUUUUUAUAAAAACA